AUGCCAAACAAACUAUCACUGCAGAACUUCUUCCAGAACUUAACUCUCCCAUGCCUAUCACCCGCACAAGUAGAAACUCUUGAUAAACCUGUGUCCCAGGAGGAGGUGAAGAAGGCCAUCCGAGCCAUGAAAACAGGGAAGUCACCUGGGUCUGACGGGUUUCCUGUUGAAUAUUACAAAGAAGUCAUCAAGGAGCUUUCUCAGAUUUUGGGCGAGUCGGACACGUCGCUGCUGCUCAGCCUGAAGCACCCGCAGACGUCAGUGAGGGUCUCGGCGGUGGAUCAGCUGAUGAGCAUCAUCGCCUCAGGACAGCAGCAGAGUUUGGACGAAGUGUUCCUGAAGGAAGCCGUCAGCGAGCGGCUGAAGGACGAUUCGCCGGCCGUCGUCGCUCUCAAAGUGCUCGAGGCUCUGUGUGACGAGCUGGACGCUGAAGACGUCGUUUCAUCUUUACUGUCACUGCUGCACAGAACUGAUCUGUCCCACGCUGAGCAGUGGCUGCCGGUGCAGACGGAGGUGGUGCGUUUACUGUCCGACCCUCGGCUGGUAAAGAGCGACGCUGAGCUGCUGCAGAGAGUCGGCUGGAAGCUGCUGCCGUUCCUGGUUCUCACCGCCGGGCCGAACGCCGCUCAGACUCACCUCGCUUCCUGCAUCGCUCGCUCCUCCGUCAUCAGCCGACACCCGCUCACCCUCAACUGGGCCCAAGGUUUGGACGAGGUGAUGAAACGCAGCUCUGAACUCGACUUCGUGGGUUCGGCCAAUCAGUGUCUCGUCUCCACGGCUCUGGGUGUUCUCCAUGAUGAGUCUCAGCAGCAGCUCCAGGCGUCCCUGCUGCAGCUGCUGCGGUGCGUUCAGGCUCCCAGCUGCCCGUCGUACAGCGCAGCGUCUCUGCUGCGAGCGCUGAGCCACGUUAACGGAGAGUCCGUCCUGUCCUCCCUGCUUCCUGUCCUGGAGCGGCUGCUGGAGCAGAGGGACCCUGACACCCCCACCCUGCUGCGUUCCGAGGCCCAGCUGAUGCAGCUCGUCUUGGGUCAGUUCAACGAGGCGUCGGCCCCCCUGCUGGCCAAAGACCAGAACUGCCUGGACCUGUUUGUCCGCGCUCUGAGGACCCCGACCCCCCCGCACCCCGACGUCCCCAGCUGCCAGAUCAUCGCUCUGGAACAGAUCACAAAGUCGUUCUUCUCGGCGCUCGGAGACGAGAAGGUUCAGCAGAAGCUUCUGUCGGUGAUGUUCGACCUGCUGGUGGAGAGCAGGAGCCCCCUGGUGGCCAACACGGUCAGCAGCGCCUUCAAAGCGAUCGCCGUCGACGGUCAGCUGGUGGCCAAUGAGCUCGCUCCUCCAGAGAAACCUAAAGUCAGCGUGACGGUGCAGCAAACCCGCCGCAGCAAAAUGCUGCAGAGGAAACCGGAGGAGGGCGGUGAUGCCGGGCCAGUGGGGGGCGCUGUGUCGUGGCAGAGAGUCACGCUGAUCCUGGAGCUGCUGCAGCACAAGAAGAAGCUGAAGAGAGCUCAGACACUGGUGCCGGUUCUGUUCACUCUGCUCAGCAGGAGUUUAGAAACAAGUUCAGCCGACGACACAAACCUGGAAUACAGUAAACAGCUGCUGCUCAGCUGUCUGCUCAACAUCUGCAACAAGCUGUCAGCUGACGGACGACCUGUGGACAAAGAUGUUCUGGAUGAGGACCGGUUCAGUGUGGAGUUGGUGGUUCAGGUCAUCAGAACGUCCGACAUGCCGCAGACUCAUCAUCACGCUCUGCUGCUGCUCGGCACCGUGGCCUCCAUCUUCCCGGAGAAGGUGCUCCACAACAUCAUGCCCAUCUUCACCUUCAUGGGAGCGAACAUCAUGAGGCUGGACGACGCUUACAGCUUCAGAGUCAUCGACAAGACCGUGCAGAUGGUCAUACCUGCUCUGAUCCAGGCUCACAGUCUCUCUGACGGUCAGUCUUCAGCUCACGUGGUUGCCGUGGUGACGAAGAUCAUGCACGUGUUUGCCAACGCUCUUCCUCACGUGCCCGAACAUCGGCGGCUGCCCAUCCUCAGUCAGCUGGUGACCACACUGGGCCCGGCCCGCUUCCUCUGGGUCCUAAUGCUCCUCCUGUUCAAGCUGCACGCCACGCAGGCCGCCGACGGUGAUAAGGACGCAGCCCUGGAGCCAGAUGUGGACUUCUGGAUCUCGGUGUGUGGUCAGUUUGAGGUUUCUGAGCAGCUCUCUACUCUCAUCAGCAUCCUGAAAUUCCUGCUGCAGCUUCCUGACGACAAAGACGACGUGAAGCGCACCGUCGGCCGGAGGGGAGCCAAGAAGAAGGAAGAGGAGGAGGAGGAGAAGGUGGAGGAGUUGAUCUUCAGCCUGGAGACUCACAGUAGCAAAGAGCUGAGACACUUUAAGUUCCUGUCCGUUUCCUUCAUGGCUCAGCUGCUCGGCUCGGCCAGCUUCAUCGGGAAGGUGGCGGACUGCGGCGACAUCGUUGAUGAGUCUCUGCAGCAGCUGCAGCAGGGGCUGCUGGAGGAGAUCCUGCGUUACAUCCACAGCGUCGCUCGCUGCGUGGAGGAAAACGCUGACAAGCCCACCGCCAAGUUCUGGAGAGUCCUGCUGAAUAAAGCCUACGAUGUUCUGAACAAGGUGAACGCCUUGUUGCCCACGGAUACCUUCAUCACGGUGAUGAGGGGGCUGAUGGGUAACGAGCUGGCCUCUGUCAGGAGGAAGGCGAUGGAGCUGCUCAAUAAUAAACUGCAGCACAGGACGCAGUGGGACGAGCAACAGGUCACUGUGCUCUUACAGCUGAUCGGCGACCUGCUGAGCAUUGUGGGUAAAGGUGCGGGUCACGUGACGGCAGCGCAGCGCCGAGACGCUGCCCAACUUCAUCAGCCCGUGUGUCGGCUGACUCGGCUGGUCGAGGCCUCCUCUUCCUCCUCUUCCUCCUCCGCCUUUACUCAGCUGACGGUGCGUCUCUGCUCUCUGAGGACCACGCUGGCCACCAAGCUGCCCCCCAGGGUGCUGCUGCCAACCCUCGCUAAGUGCUACAGCGCCAUGGUGCAGGACAGGAAGAGCCAGCUGGAGGCGCUGAUGAGCAUCCUGAAGGAACACAUCACACACAUGGAGAAAGAUCAGCUCAACUUCCACCAAUCAGAGCUCACCGCCUUCUUCCUCACCGCGCUGGACUUCAGAGCCGAGCACUGUCAGGGUGACCUGGCGAGCACAGCGCAGGUCGAGGGCUCAGUGAUGGACUGUCUGAUCGUCAUGGUGAUGAAACUGUCGGAGGUGACGUUCAGGCCGCUCUUCUUCAAGCUGUUCGAUUGGGCUAAAUCUGAAACAGGAAGUAAAGAUCGUCUGCUGACCUUCUACCGACUGUCCGAUCGCAUCGCCGAGCGGCUCAAGCGGCUUAUAACUUUGUUGUACAAGAGUUAG